AUGACAAUGUAUCAGCGAGACAUUACAAUUAGGAUGUUGCAGGGGGGUGCAACGCUCUCAGAAGUCGCGACCAAGUUUGGACGCGCGCCAUCCACUAUCCACCGACUACUAUAUGUAAAGUUCUCCACCACCACUACCACGUGCGAUAGGCCUCGAUCCGGCCGACCAAGUAUACUAUUGGCUCUUCAGAAGAAGAUUAAAUAUUAA